AUGACGGCCCUACGUGAGAGUACCAGGAUUGUCCCUACAAAGACGAGCAGCUAUACUACUAGCUAUGCUGACGAGAAAAAAGGCCUAGCCCAGCCCGAACUCAUACCAGACAGCGCCAGCACUGGAAAGGUACGUCAAUCAGUGCAAAACAGGACUGUGGGUUGGUGGAUUGUCUCAGCCAUCGCUGGACUCCUUCUAUUCAACAACAAUGUCGUCCACCUUCCACCCAAGGCGAGAGCUGCAGCCGUCACACUGGUCUUUCCAGGUGCAGGCUAUAUUGCUGCUGCGAAUUGGCCAGCGGGCCUGUUGCUCCUCCUGACAUACCUGCUCCUACCGCUCUGUCUCUUUGCUUGGUUUGGAGCCGGUGGUGUUGCAUUCCCUGUGGCCCUUUGGAUUCUCUCCGCUGGGGGUGCCUACGUUAUGGCUGGCUCUGAGCUGUUCGUCCAUGCUGGCACUGUCGAUGUGAUAAUUUUAGCAGCAUUUCUGCUUUACUUCAAUCGCACAUCGGCCAGCGCUAGGAUCAUCGCAAUUAACAAGAGGAGGGCGCGGAAUACAUUCAUUCCAACCACGUUAGCCACCCUUGACGCCGGUGCGAUCUCUCCCGCGCCUCGAGACGAGCGUGAGCUCGGAUUAAGUGAGCUCAGAGAUGUUCAAUGGGCAGUCGAUCAGAGCCUCUUACCACUUGAUGAUUGGUCCAAUUUCAAUAUCAUCGACCAAUUCCAGACGUCUGCCCUUCGCUACCAGCUCUACGAGAUGAUGUUUGUCUUAGGCGCUUACCAGGGCAUUUAUUGUCCCAACUUCCACGGAUAUGUCAACAAAGCCUACCAGAAUAUCAUUGAAAAAUCUCUAACGCCAAAGGUUCUAAACUUUUGGAAGUGGGAGACCUUGUGGGGGAAAUUCUCCACCGACUUCGAUCCCGUAAAGAAGGACAACAUUAUGGUAACCGGUAUUCUACUUCAAGGAAUCGCUCUAUACAUCGCCAAUACUGGAGAUCAGCGUUACACCAAGCCUGGAUCGUUAAAAUUCCAAGUCACCGACAGGCAGGUGUAUGAGUACGAUAUACACUCGCUGGCUAGAGUGUUAGUGAAACAGUGGGCCGAGGACGCAUAUUGCCUUUUCGCAUGCGAGCCUACUUGGAUCUACACACCGUGCAACCUACAGGGGUUAACAGGUAUGGUCGUUUACGAUCGUGUAUAUGGCACGCACUACGCCAAGGACCUUCUACCUCGCUUCGAGGAGUCCCUGGUGACGAACUUCACCGAGCCAGACGGAAGUAUACUGCCUAUCCGAAGUUCUCUUAUCGGGUUUACUGUACCCGGAAUCAGCGGAGCGCUCAUGGACCUGGUCAACGCUAUGCUGUGCAGGGGACACCUGGAUCAUAUUGCACGGAGAAUGUGGGCUAUCUUCAGAACAGAAAACAUUGAUUACGACGACGAAACGGGCAAACUAAGAUUAAAGGGGCUGGGUGCCGCUGAUAUAAUGGACCCAGGCCUCUACAAACCCAAUGAGUAUUGUCUCUUCCCGAUUCUGGCUUACGUGGCGGGCGAAUACGGCGAUGAGAAAGUUCGGAAAGCCGCCAUCGAUCAAUGUGUUUCAGGAGUUGGAAAGUACACGACCAGGACUGGUGCUACUGCCCUCAAGGGGAUGAGUAACAGCAUCAACAGCUGUAUGGCGAGAGCUUCACUAUUGCAUAGAGAAGACUGGAAACGGCUCAUUUCCGAGGGCCCUUCAAAAACUACUCUAGCAGGACCGAUCCUGGAUUCAGCACCUUACCCGGGCGUGCUUGUCGCAAGAGCUUACUCACGCACGUCCAAGGACCUUGAUCUUGUUUUAUAUCCUUCCUGUGCGAGCGGGAAAUUUGAAUUAGGGCUGAAGAGACUCCAGCCAGGCGUUGUUUAUCGCUUCGCCGAGAGAAGUGUCGUGGCAGACACUGAGGGAGAGGCUAAGAUCGACGUUUAUGUUGAUGGUAGGACGGUGUUGAAGAUUGAGCCGAUGGAAUAA